AUGUCGCUAAUGUCGGCCAAUCCGGAAGCCGACCUGGUAUCCCGCGCACGCGAAGGAAGCCGGGCGGCCCAAGAGGAGCUGGUACGCCAGCACCGCAAGUCGGCCUAUUUCCUCGCCUUGCAGUUACUAGGCAAUCCGGAUGACGCCCUGGACGUGACCCAGGACGCGCUGCUGCGCUUCCUGACCAACUUGCACCGCUUCGACAUCCGUCGACCGGUCAAGCCCUGGCUCUACCAGAUCGUCCGCAACCGCGUCAUGGACCUGCGACGCCGUCAGCGGGUUCGCCGCCACGACUCGAUCGACGCCAUCAGAGACGACCGCCCCAAGAAAGAGCUGAUCGACCACAGUGUAGACCCCGAACGCGACGCUGGCCAAAGGCAGCUACGCCAACGGGUCUGGAGGGCACUGGGACAACUUUCGGACAAGCAGCGCGAGAUUCUGGUGCUGCGCGACUAUCAAGAUCUUUCUUACGCUGAGAUCGCCGAGACUCUCACGGUGCCGAUCGGCACCGUCAUGUCGCGUCUGCACGCCGCUCGCAAGCGGUUGCGCGACCAUGUCAACGAGGACCUUCGGUUGCUCAAUCGCUGGACCGAGGAAAGGGUAAGCUGA